UCGAUAGUGGUGGCCACCAAUGGUCAGAUGAUAACAUGACCGACUCGUUUUCGACCAUCACUGCUCAUAGUAUACKUACGAUAUCGUCGUCGGCAUCGUUGGCCACCAACACMACCACCACUACGGGUGUCGGUGGCGGUAACGGCCAGAGUUCGCGUGGACACACACGGGCCUCGAGUUUCGAGUCGAUCGGKUCGCGCGAAUCCAGUCGAUCGUCUAARGCGUCAACGACUUCGGUCGCAGCUUCCGCUUCGGCCGACCGUCAGAUAGACGACGAAACGUUGUUUGACUUUCUCAACAAUAAAGGUGACGACAUUCCCGAAGAGGGAGCWCUCAUAGCAGUGUCCACUACGCCGUCGUCGGCAUCGACCACAUCGUCGUCGUCAGUGGCCGUCGUUACCGAAACACUGACCACCAGUGGUCAGUCAUCGCCGGCCGCCAACGUUACCGUUCCAUUCAGUGGCGGCGGUGUCGAMGACUACGARGGCCGCAUACGGUCGCUGGCUUUGGAGAUAUCGUCGCUCAAYAGGCGUAACAUUGAAUUGGAAACCGAAGUCAAACGUCUGGCCAAACGUAUCGGUAAUCUACAGCAAAAGCUAAACAUAUCGGACGGUACUGUUCGCGAACUACAAUCACGGGAAGCCGAUCUACAUGCCAGUCUGGGCGCCAAAGACUCGCAAAUCGGUGUCCUGAAGGUUCGGCUACAGGAAACCGAUGCCGAACUCCAGCAACGGCUCAAUCAAAUCGAAACGUUGGAAGACCUAAACGAAUCGUUACGAACGGCACAGGAGGCCAACCURUCGACUGUUAACGACAGUGUCGACGGCUAUCGUCAUCAGAUCCGUCAACUGGAGGCACAGCUACAACAGGAAAGGGAUGAACUCCGUGCGGUACAGACACAGACAAUGGCACAGAUUGGCCGACUGGAGGACAAUCAGAAAUCAUUGGUCGAUGAGAUUUCGCUAUUACAGCGCAACCUAUCGCUGGAAAAGGCAUCGAACGGCGAACUGGAGGCCCGGCUWAAGAACUCUGCGAAAUGUAUGGACGAAUUGGACAAAGAUUACUCUGAAUUCAAAGUAAAGGCCAGCAAAACGUUGGCCGACAAGGAUGAACUGAUACGGGCGCUCAAAGCGGCUUCAACUACCAGUAGUGAUGGCGCUGACGGUAGUAGUAGUAGUAUUAGUAGCGCGGAUGGUGUAGAUCAUACUACCGGUGCCGCCGCUGCCGAUGAUGUGCGCCGUCUGUUACAGUCCCAGUGCGACGCUAUGGUACUCGAGUUGCAAGAGUUUCGCGAAAAGUACGACACAUUGAAGAAGGCCUACGAUCGGCUGUACGGCGAAGAUAUGGUAGCGUUGACCACUCGUAUAGGUCUACUGACGGAACAGUUGGACAACGAGUCGCGCGUCCGACUGGAAGUCGAACAAGAGUUGAAAGAGUCGCGCGACGAGAGCCGCCAUUUUCAGGACGAUUUGCAUCAGAUUCGGUCGUCGCUUGAGUCGCGUAUUAUGGACAGGGAUGUAGAGAUUGAUAAACUGCGCAAACAAUUGGUAUCGAAACGUAGUGCCGGUGCUCUUUCGGGUGCUGCCGGCGGCGGCGGCAGUGAUAAUGAACAACGAUUCCGUAAUUUGACGGACAAUCUCAUACAGAAACAGACGAUAAUCGAAUCGUUGACAUCGGAGAAGCAUUCGYUAGCCUUACAGCUGGAGAGAAGCGAACAGCGGCUCAGGGAUGCCAUCAAUGCCAGCCAUAAGAGUGCCGAAGUAUCAAUAGGUAUACACCAUUCGCCAUCGUUCGGCAAUCUAGUGAAUCGCAGUUCUGCGGCCAUUGGCGGCAGCGGCGGAGUUCGGCCACUGGUCGAGGACUAUCCCGACGACGGCAAUGUUACCCGUCGCGUGAAACGAGCUUACGGUCAAAUCGAUGCCUUUAGUAUACGUUUAGGCAAUUUUCUACGUGUCUAUCCAUCAGCCCGGGCGGCAAUGCUAGUCUACGUACUAAUAUUGCACAUAUGGGUAGCAAUUGUACUCAUAUACUAUGAACCGGAGCAACACGGACCCGGUUAUAACUACAAGAUGCCCACACCGUUAGAGGACAGGGGYGGCGGCGGCGGUACUGGUGGUUAGCACUGAUCCUGUGGCUAACUGUGCAGUCAAAUAGAUGUUUUUUUUAUUAUAUCUUUUUUAUAUACCGUAAAUAUAUUUAAAGAGAGAGAUA